UAGCUAUCAUAAACAGCAAUGCAUUCUUGCUGUAUUAACCAUGAAUAUAUUAAAGGGAGUAUAUAGGAGUUACUGUAUGACAUUAAGGUAUAUACUCGACCUUAUAUACGAGUAACAAAAAUAGGCUUUCUAUAUCAGAGUAGCAUGCGUCCUGUUAGCAAGUUUAAACAUAGCAGCCGUAAUUUCUUGUAGUACUACGUUAACCAUAAUCCUUUGCUGUCACGUGGAGAACUUUCAUGAGGUCAAUACAAAACCGGCAAUUGAACUGUCAACUCGCGUGGAGACUGCCCCUCCGAUGGCUGGUCAGCUUCUCAGAGUCUCCUCUCUGGCCACGGCAGUGUUUGCCUCCUCUGGGUUUUAUUUAUACCACAGACAACUGGACCUCAAUGACCUGAGUGUCGUCCGUUUCGGACGAGCCGCAGCCACUACGGCGGUCAUCAGCUACGAUUACCUGACUGCUUUCAAGCAUGUGGAGUAUGGCACAGAAGAAUACGGGGUGCUCAUUUCCAAGGUGCAUCGGCGGUCAGCAGAGCGCCUUCUAGAUUUGUGCUGUGCCAACAGGGGUACUUUCAUCAAGGUGGGCCAGCAUCUUGGUGCUUUGGACUACCUUCUGCCUGAGGAGUACACAUCCACACUGAAAGUGCUCCACAGCCGAGCCCCUCAGAGCAGCCUGGAGGAGAUUCAGCAGGUCAUCAGAGAAGACCUUGGCAAGGAGUUGUCAGAGUUAUUUAUCUUGUUUGAGGAAAAUCCUCAGGGUGCAGCCUCCUUAGCCCAAGUCCACAAGGCAGUGCUGCAUGAUGGGAGGACAGUGGCCAUCAAGGUCCAACACCCCAAGGUCCAGAGGCAAAGUUCCAAGGACAUAGUGGUAAUGGAGGUGUUGGUGAGGGUGGUCCAUUGGCUCUUCCCAGAAUUUUCCUUCAUGUGGUUGGUGGAAGAGGCCAAGAAGAACAUGCCGCUGGAGCUGGACUUCCUUAACGAGGGACACAAUGCUGAGAGGACGGCCAACAUGCUGGCCCACUUCCCCUUUCUCAAGAUUCCCAUGAUCCACUGGGACCUGUCCACAAAGAGGAUCCUGACCAUGGAGUUUGUUGAUGGGGGGCAGGUCAAUGACAGAGACUAUAUGAAGAAACACAGCAUCAGUGUCAAUGAGAUUUCAGAGAACCUGGGUAAGCUGUAUAGUGAAAUGAUCUUCGUCCAUGGCUUUGUUCACUGUGACCCGCACCCAGGCAACGUUUUAGUCAGAAAGUGUCCCCAGAGCAAGAAGACAGAGAUCAUCCUGCUCGAUCAUGGCCUUUAUCAGAUUCUACAGCCAGACUUCAGGUUGGACUACUGUCGACUGUGGCAGGCUCUGAUUAAAGGCGACAUGUCCAGGGUGGAGCGUUACAGCCGCAGACUGGGAGCAGGAGAUUUGUACCCUCUGUUUGCCUGCGUGCUCACUGCUCGCUCCUGGACCGCCGUCAGUGCUGGCAUCAGUUCUGUGCCUGUCACACACUCUGAGGAUGUUGAGAUACAGACCAAUGCAUCGUUGUACCUGCCACAGAUCAGCAGGUUGUUGAACCGAGUACCCCGUCAGAUGCUGCUGCUGCUGAAGACAAAUGACCUUCUGAGGAGCACUGAGAUCACCUUACAAACCAGAGCCUCCUCCUCAUCGUUCAUCAGCAUAUCCCGCUGCUGCAUACGUGCCAUAGCCAGGCACAAGAGGAGUAAAGCCCAGUCCAGGAUGAGGCGUCUACAGAUCAGCCUGGCAGAGUCCCUCGACCUGGGUAGACUCACUAUGUAUGAAAUGUUUCUGUGGGUGAAGAGCUCCAUGUUGGUACAUUGGCUCGCUGCUCUGUUGGCAUUUCUGCACUGACACACAUCUGCACAUCACAUUAGAACUUUAAUAACAAGCUGCAGCUGUUGGCUCUCGGGGAGUUUAAUACAUAAUGGUUUUAUAUGCUCAUACAUCCACACACACACACACACACACACACACACACAGAUGUACAUGAAUAAGUUCCACUUUUGUUAAUGGUAGAAAUACAUACAAUCACAUGAUGCUGAUAUGUUUGAACACCAGGAGCAGCUGGGGCAGCCAAUAUAAUGUUUUGGCCCGUUACCUUGAGAUCACAACACAUGGUAUACUGUCUGUCGGGCAAUGUUGAGAUACACAAGUUCUCAUGAUUGUGACAUAAGUCCCUCAAGAUAAUUUUUUUGUAUGUUUUACUUUUAUUUAAGGCCAUUACUGUCUUAUUCACUGUAUUUAAACCAUGGCGACUAUGAUCAAAACUGGGUCUCACCAAUUAUAUCUGUCAACCUACAUGAUUGCUGGAGACACUGCACAAAAUUCCAGUCAGCACCAAGCAGAACUAUAAAGUAAUGAAUCUGCCAGAGACCAGGUCAGUUAGUACCACAACCAGACAGGUACGUAAGUCAUAGACAAUAAGCCCAGGUUGUCACAGGAUGCCGCUGGCUCUCAGCACCAUCUGGCCAACGAAGCUGCUGAAGAUACCACACAGCGAUAUGAAGAAUAUUUGAAAAAACAUGAAGACUUUCUGAGUCACAGUCAGUGCCGAAGUCAUCUGUAGUUCAGUCCUGAUAGUGUACUGUACCUGCUGGAUGAUACUGAUUCAUUCGUGCUCCUCAACAAAGGACAUCAGAAUGAAGUUUGCAUCAGGUCAUUUUUCUUGUGAUACAGAUUACACUGAAUGCUUAAAUGGUUUCUAUAUUUCAUUGGUAUGUUAUUGUAUAAUGAUGGAUCAUGUUUACUAUUUCAUUGGUACUGUUGUUCUUAGGACAAAUAGUAUACACUCAUUCCAUAAGCACACCAGUUGUAUUCCUGUCAUAUUUAUUUUUAGGUGUUAUUUACCUAAGUGUUGUCAGUCUGAUCAGAAAUGA